UGACUGAGGAGAAACCGUAAGUUUAGCUGUGUGCUUAUCAACCAGCCUGCCAUGGAGAAGUGGUGGAGGCUAAUGUUGUGCAAAUCACUCAAUUAAGGCGAAGAGUGUUCCGGUACACGGGAAGUUGGUUAGUCGGAUUCUGCAGGAUUCUCACUGGUGAUGUACAACUUUCUGCAAUCAAUUAUAUUUAUUGGCGAUGAGUGUCAUGGCAGUCCAGUCGGUGACAGCCAGCAUGUUGCUGAGUGUCUUCUUUCUCUCAGGAGCUUUGGCUGAUUGUAGGUUCGAUCCAGCUCUAUUCAUUGAUGCACCUCAAGGGAUGAAAGCACUGAAUGGAUCUUGUCUGCAAAUCCCAUGUAACUUCAGGGCUAAACCAGAGGAGGAUUUCAACAGUACACGUACAACCGUCGCAGUGUGGAUGAAAGAUCCCCUUGACUUUGCCAAAUAUCCAAAUAAUGUGGUUUUCAACAGUAGCAAGGGGCCUAAUAUCUAUCCAAUGAAUCUAACUGGAGACCUGAGUCAGAAAAACUGCACCACUUUAUUUUCCAGUGUAAUCCCAUUAUACGCAGGCGAAUACUUCUUCAGGAUUGAAAACAAGCAAUUUCUUGCAACAGCUGUUUGUAAUCCACUUAAAAUAACAGUUACGGAUUCUCCUCCAAAGCCCAGCAUUGAGAUCCCAGCUGAUCUGAAGGAGAAAGAGUCUGUCUCCGUAAGCUGCUCCGCGCCCACUCCCUGUCCACACUCUCCUCCUAAACUCACCUGGAACCUCCAACGAGACGCUCACGUCAUGAUGGAGGAAAACACAGAUCGAACCUUCACAACAAAGAUCCAGAAGACCAUCGCUCUGUCAGAGGAACACGAUGGAUUCAACAUCACCUGUUCUGCCACGUAUCCUGUGAAUGAAGGAAACGAUAACAAGACGGCAGAGGAGACCAAGACUCUCAAUGUUUCCUACGCUCCCAAGGACACCUCGGCGUCCAUCAGUCCAUCAGGUCCGGUGUCAGCAGGUAGCUGGGUGAACCUGACCUGCUCCAGCAGAGCCAAUCCUCCCAUCAGCCACUACACCUGGUUCAAGAACAGCAACGAUGGACCCGUCAAUGUAUCUCAAGGAGACUUUUACCGCUUUAAUGUCACUGAUGGAGGCGUUUAUUACUGUGUGGCCACCAAUCAGCUUGGUAAACAACCAUCAUCAGAGAUCCUUCUGACUAUCAAAGUGAAACAGCUUGAAUAUUUUUUACCAUGGAUCGCAGUUGUUGGAGGGAUCAUUGUACUCAUCUGUGCAGGUGUUGUUAUUUGGUGUUUGAAGUCAAAACGUUUAACUUUACAACAGCCACAGAACCUAACCGCUCUGGAGCCGGCUGUUCAAGAGCCAGCCGGAGAUACAGAAACAGAAACGGGGGACGUCCAUUACGGAGAGAUUGACUUCUCCAAGUGGAGACCUGAACCAGCCACGGCCUCGGUGCAGGAACGUGGACAGCAGCAGGAAACGCUGUAUGCUCAGGUCAACGUGUCCAAGACCGCGAAGAGCUGAACACAGACUGCUGACAGCCCAGAGGAUCUAGGCUCAAGUGUUGUGCAAAUGAGUGUAUGAACAUUUAUUUUAUGAAACAAAUAUGAUGUUAUUGUUAUCCUGACUAGGGAAUCUUUUCUUCAGUUCUUUGCAAUAUAUUUAAAAUGUAAUAUAUUUAAAUGUAUCAGUACGUGAGGUGUUCAUAGAUCUCUGAAUUCCUUUUCGCCACACAUGGGUGGCUGAUUUGUUUACGUAACAUGCGUCACAUCUCUUUGUGAUAAAUGGAUCUGUGUUUAGAUUAUUGCAGCUCAUUCAAAAGAUGCAGUCGUUGUUUCUGCAUGCGAAGGUAAAAAAAAGGUGUGCACUUUAAUACAACAGGUAGUUGUUUCAAUGCCCUCAAGUACCUGUUUUUGUGUUUUGGCACUUACAAAGAACGUUACACAAUGAUUUUGCACGCUAAAACACAAUCACACUGUGGUACAAAUCUCAUUAUGAUGUCACAGAGGUGUCAUAAUGCAAGCCAAACCAAUCAGGUGGGUGAACUUCCUUUUCCUUCACAUGGCUCUUUUGUGGGGGACUGUGGUCAGCAAGAAGUCCAUAGAUAAGGGACAAACCUUUUCACUUUAGUAUCCCAAUGUACUGUGGUCAGUCCACUCGUUUAAAGUGUUACAUUUCAUAUAUUAAAAGUUGCAAUUGUGCCA